GCUGGACUUGGUCCCAGCUGAGACCCAUCUCAACAUGAGUGCCAUAGAUUUUCUUUGGCUUUUAAUUUAAUUGAUCGCCAAAUUGAAAAGCAGAAGGAGCGAGACCACAGCGCAACCCCUGUCCCCGUCCCCGUUCCCCCCAAAUUUAAAUUUUAGCUGGCUCUCUUUUUUUCUUUCUUAAUUGAAAUUUGGCGGAAACAAGCUUCAUGUGAAGAGCUAAGGGGGAUAAAAUACUCUCUUUUUUUUCCUUCUCUCACCUUCACAGUGCACCUCUCCACCUAGAUCACCUUUAUUUUUUAUUUCUUUCUUUUUUUGGGUAUCUCUUGGAUAUUUUGGCUGAAGCACGGCUUCACUUGGCACCCCCUUUUCUGAAGUCUCACGAAACGGCACCAACUAAGGCACUUCAAGGUGAAAACUUUUUUUUUCUUGGACCAAGACUCUUAAAAGUUCCGCAAUGAGUACCCUAAAAUCUGACGCCGAGCCCAACAAUAACAACGUUGAAGAGGAGGUACGAACUCUCUUUGUCAGCGGCCUACCAGUUGAUAUCAAACCCCGGGAACUCUACCUGCUUUUCAGACCAUUCAAGGGUUAUGAAGGUUCAUUGAUUAAGUUAACAUCAAAGCAGCCUGUUGGGUUUGUUACCUUUGACAAUCGGACUGGUGCCGAAGCAGCGAAAAAUGCAUUAAACGGAAUUCGCUUCGACCCAGAGAGCCCACAGACACUGCGAUUAGAGUUUGCAAAAGCCAACACAAAGAUGGCAAAGAGUAAGCUGAUGGGAACACCAAACCCCAGUAAUAUGCACCCUGCUCUGGGAGCACACUUCAUUGCACGGGACCCAUAUGACCUGACCGGAGCAGCACUGAUUCCCGCGUCUCCGGAGGCCUGGGCUCCCUACCCACUGUACACCGAGCUGGCCCCUGGUAUCCCCCAUGCUGCCUUCACUUACCCAGCAGCGGCUGCAGCAGCUGCUGCACUCCACGCCCAGAUGCGCUGGUAUCCUUCUCCAUCUGACACUAGCCAGCAAGGAUGGAAGUCUCGUCAGUUUUGCUAAGUAUUUAAUACCAUUAAGGACCUGUGUUGUGUUCUCCCAUUUCUGUGGAGUGAUGCGACCGGUUGUACUGAGCUCUAUUAAUUUAAUCAGGUUUAUUUAAUGGACAAAUGUGCAUUAUUGACAACUCCCAUUUUAUCCAACUUAUUUUCCUUUUUUUUUUUUUGAAGUAUCUGAAGGACUUUAAACCUGAACCGUUGUGAACUACAAGUUUGAAGCCAAGGCCUAUUUGGAUUUUUCAUGGAACAAGCGCUGCACUUCAAAACUACAAGGCCAAAAAUAAAUUGCAGAAAUGGACCUGUGUUGCUGAAAUUUAAAAAUAUAUAAAAUGAUAGCUUUUUUUUUUUUUUUUUUUUUUUUUUUUUUUUUUUUGGAGGAAGACAAUCCAUGUGCAUGUUGAAGUAUUCUGGCAUGAAUUUAGAAUACUAAGUUUUGUGUAGCCUUGUUUUAUAUUGCUUGUGUUGCCAUAGCAACAGGUCUCAGCCUAGUCCAUUGAUUCUUUGUUUACUGUACCUUAGUCUCACUUCUGUGAAGAUUUUUGGCUCGAGUUGCUUGCAAUGAAUGUUACUUUCAAGAUAGAGGCCAACUUCUGGUUAAUGGAGUUUCUUUGGUCAAAAUGGAAAACUUUUUAUGCACUGGGUUUUACGAUCUUGACAUGAGUCCUGCUCAGUAUAGGCUUGUUUUUUUUCCCUUUCUAAGACCCAGCUUCUCCAGAUCUUCUACAUAAAUCCUUGUCUGAACCAGUCUUGCCAAAAUAUCAACUGUUUUGGAGAGUAUGUGAACAAAAAUGAGUACAAGUAUUUGUACUUAAUUGUAGAAUAAUAAUAAUGAAUAUUUAUGCAUCAUUUUUGUGCAGUUAAGUAAUCUGUAAGUUUAAUGUCUAGUUUUUAGUUGAUUCUACAUUUUUUUGAAUGAUGCUGAUUCCAUUUAUCCUGUUUGAUGUAGUUUAACAAGUGCAAUUGUAUAUUAUGUAUCCAUUUUGUUUUUGGCUUGGUGUUAAAUACUAAAGUGUUAUAUAAAGGUGGCUGAACUGUUCAUUAAAGGACUGCUGUUGUAAGAUUGCUGUAAAAUAGCUGAUCUAUGAGGAUGUGAAACUGGAUAAUAAAGAUAUGAAAGCUAA